AUGUCGGGGUCGCCUGCAGCCAUACGAAAGUACCUUUGGCUAAAAGUCUUCAUGGUUGUGGUUCUCAUGGGCAUGUCAUGGUUCAUGGUUUUUGAAGUGAACGAGACCUACGGCUACCCGUUGGCCACGAACCGCAUGCUGAACUACAGGAACAAGGUCCUCAGCCUCGACAACAAGAACCCCAAGAAGAAGCAUGUGAUAAAGGAGAUUACCCCAGCGGAUGUUAUCAACGUCACGAGCUACCUCAAGAAGACGAACGCGUACUCCGAGUUCUACAAGAACAGAAGAAGCCUUGAGCCCGUCGUGAGCUACGUCGUGCGCACGUGUUUCGAGAAGGAAGUUGCACAGGUCAGUUUGCAGCGUUCUUUUCAAGAAGCGCCAGGAGAGAUCGACCUCCACAAGAUGAUCAAAUCUCCAGAAGUCUUUGGCGCUCUCAACAACGACAUCCUUGAGAAGAUCAAUGCAGUCGAGAUGGAAAGUGAUCUUCAUCAAAGAAUCGAAGUUAUCCUGGAUUCUGGCGCAGACGACGCACAAGGAAAGGCAAUAAAGACGGAAGGCAGAAGGAUGCUGAACUUAACGUUCUUUGAUGACAACGGAAGCUUUUGUCGCAUUCAGGAAGCCUUCACCGUUGCCUCGGUGAUCAACCCGCUGAUGGCCAUAGGCAAGCUGUUUCGAGAAGGUUGGGAGUUGCGAGUUAACGAAGAAGAAGGUAUGUGCCUUACAGAUGGAAGCUCAAGAAUACCAGUGCAUCUCCACAAGAACAGCUUGGCAGCCUACGCCUACGUACAAACUCCUUCAAGAAGCAGAGGCUACAGCAGCAACAACUACAAGAUGGUUCGCACUGUUGUCCAACUCAACAAGCACGUUCAGGAAGCAGUGAACAAAGAAGAACCUGGUUGGCACAACACAGACAGCAUGGUGAUCGUGAAGUACGAGGAAAGGAAGUGGUUACAGCCAUUUCAGCAAAGCCAAUUCCACUUUGGAUCCUUGGCACUCCUUAUGCUGCUGGAGAUCGAGCAGACCAAGAAAGCCAUGGUCGUGACUACUGGAAGAUGGUUUCGAGUGAAGCCAGAAGUUGUUGAAGACCUGAAGGCAGAAGCUGCAGCAGAGGAGCUAAAGAAGAAGAAAGAAGAGCACUACCAAGAGAAGGAAGACUCAGCAGCACCACCAGAAGCAGAAGAGAGCAAAGAUGAGGAGAUGAGAGAAGCACAAGAAGACCAAGAAGCACCACAAGAAGUUGUUGAAGUUUUGGAGGAAAGCUUCCACCACGAAGGCGUCGAGUACACAGCACAAAGAAGCAGUCUUAAAGAACUACAAGCACUUUGCAGAGAGUACGGAGUCAAGACCACAGGAAGCAAGAAGCAGCUCUUGAAGAGACUAGCCACAGCAGUCAGAGAAGAAAGGCUCAGCGCGCAACACAAGGAACAACGGGAACACCACCAAGCAUACCACUUAGCACCACCACAGGAACCAACGGAAGAGGAGAGAGCGUACCACAACUUGACGCACCUUCCGUAUCAGCCUUGGUGUCCCCAUUGCGUUGCUAUGAAAGCACGAGAAGACAACCACAAGAAAGGAUUGAGCAAGCCAAGCAGCUCUACGGAUUCCGCGAAGCCCGUCAUCAGUUUUGACUUUUGCUAUACAAGCACCACAGGAAGUGAAGAGCCACCAGCAGUGACUCUUGUCGCUGUGGACAGCUGGAGCAAGGCAGUUCUUGCGGUGCCCUGCAAGAGGAAAGGAGGAGCAGGAAGCACGACGCAUCUCGCGGAAGCACUCGUGCAGUUCACCACGCAGCUCGGGUACAACGCCCUCGUUCUCAAAGCAGACAACGAGAACGCAGCCAAAGCACUCAAAGACAAAGUACAGAAGGAAGAACGCGAACAGCUCGAGAACGACGAGGCCGCUAGCGACCCUCCGAGUUCGGAGGAACCAAGCUCACCCAGCAAGCUACGAAAGCAGGUCAACAGAGCAGAGGAAACAGACGGUUACCUCAACAUGCCUCAUGAUGAUGAAGUCUAUGAAGCAGAUGAUGAGUUUGUGUACGAGUCGGAAGAAGAAGAAGAGGAGACAGAGAGUGAACCAACGGAAGCUUCUACCAAGGUCCCUGUCGAGUUCUUCGACGAGGAGAAAGGACCACCGAAUGUGGAUCCAGAUUUUCUUCAGAAGUUGGAUGAUGAAGCUACAGUCAAAGAAAUCAAGAGGUUAACAAAGAUGGGAGUUAUUUCGUUGGUUUCUACGGACCCUCAGGAAGCAACUGAGAACGUACCUCUGGUAGACUCAGAACAAGAACUUCACAAGUGGUUGACAACGAAGUUGGUGAAAGAUUGGAGGUUCAGAGAAGCUACAGGUUUUGAAGUUGAUGAAGCCACAGCAGGAACAACAAAGCCCAAGCAGAUUCAAAGAAUUACAAAACUGGUUCCCAUGUUGGCUCUCGCCAACAAUUGGGCGAUCUACAGUGUCGACGUGAAGGGCGCGUUUCUACAAGUCAACGCGACGCAUCCAGUCUUUGGUCAGACUUUUGUGAUGGUCUUUUGGUGGAAGAGAAGUUUGAGCGUUGUACAGCAGUUCCAGCACUUUACCGUCUUCUACGACAAGGCAGCCUACGUACAACACGUACCUUUCGCCGCAGCUCAUGAAGUAGCAAGCUCAAAAGAAGUCCCAAGCAGUCCUGGAAGCAUGUCGCUUCUGGAAGUCCUGGUGACGCUCGCCAUGGUGUGCAUGGCGGCAUACUUUGUCGUCAACGAGAUGAGAAAGCCGCAGAAGCACAAGAAGUCUAAGAAAGAGGUGAACUACGACGUGGACUCCUUCGACGAGGCAAAGAAAGAAGUGACAGAGAGAACAGAGAAGUUGAAGAAGGUUGAGGAAAGCCUGGAGAAGGAAAAGGAGGAGUUCGAAAACCGAAAGACAGAGUUUGAGGAGACAGUGAAAAGGUUUUUGAAGAAGCAGAAGGAGGCCCUAAGCGAGAAGGAGACAGCCCUUGAAGAAGCUGAGGAGAACGUCAAAGCAAAGGAAGCAGAGGUUGAGAAGAAGAAGAAAGAGGCAGAGAAGAGAGAGAGAAAAGCCCAGGAAAGAACCGUCGGCUACGACCAAGAGAGAGAAGAGUACGCCAAGAAGUACGUGGACGACGCAAAGAAGGACUUGGAGAGAGAGCUUAAAGUGCUAAAGCAAGAAGAGAAAGUAAGGAACCAAAAGCUCGACGACCUCCAGUACGACUACAAGAGCCUCAAGGAGGAAGUGGACGCACUUCUACUUGCAGCUAAGGACAAGAUCGUGAAGUACAAGAAGAAGGUCAAAAGCCUCAAGGAAACCAUAGGUGCAGCCUUGUCUGGAAGUGAAGGUGAAGAAGAGACAGAAGAAGCGUACAAGACCAAAGCAGAGGAAGAGAAAGAGAAGGCAGAGGCUAAGGCAAAAGAAGAAGAGAAGAAGAAAGGAAAGAAGCCAAAGCAGGUAGAGACAGAAGACCCAGAAGAGAAGCCCUCAAGCAACCAAGGAGACGAGAACACCUUCGACCCGAACGACAUAGCCGAGUUCACGCAGCUUGGCUACGUGUGGGAGUUCAACAAGAAGACGCAAGAGUACCGCGCGAAGUGCGAGGACAAGAAAGGAGCCCCAAGAAUCAAGAACGCUCCGGUGAAAGGCCGCCUCCUUUGGAACAAGGUGACGGAGUGCUACAGAAGGCACAACGUGUGGUUUACAGACGGAAAGGAAUUGGAUAAAUUCCUCGAGACCAAGGAGAACGAGAAGAUCGAGGAAGAGAACGACGGUUGGUGGUACAACGACCAGUGGAACAACGAGAACUGGAACACCACCGACGACGGCAGCAACUGGUACGAGAACACGAACCCGCAGAACAAAGGCUACUGGCAGACGCCAGAAGAGUGGGCGCAGCAGAACCAGUGGGAGCAGUGGACACCCAAAGGAAAGAGCAAAGUCAAGAAGUCCAAGAACUGGGUGCAGACCCAGUGA